AUGUGGAUUCUUUCAUCGAUGCAUUUCAUUUCAUUUUUCAUACUUUUACAAUCAAUAUCAUUCAUUGAUAGUCUUACAACUGCGGAUAUUUAUAGUCCUUGCAAACGACCGCCAACGUUAGGUGUGGAAUCGGGUAGAAUUCCUAAUGGAGCGUUUUUUGCAUCCUCGUUUGUGCAAGGUCGUGAACCUUACACUGCUCGACUUAAUGGACGAUAUGCUUGGCGACCAGCUUAUAUGGAUGCUGAUCAAUAUCUAUACGUCGAUCUCGGUUCUCGAUACUAUGUCACAGGUGUUGCAACACAGGGCCGUCGAGCUGCCAAGGAAUAUGUGUCAGUCUUCAAUUUAAUGUACUCCGACAAUGGUCAUAAUUGGUUCCACUACACUAACGGAGACAAAAUCAUUGUGAAUUUUGCUGGAAAUAAAAAUGAUAAUGGUAUUGUUCGAAAUAAUCUUUCUGAUCCGGUUAUCACACGUUAUAUACGUUUCAACCCUCGACAAUGGAAUAAUUUCAUUUCUAUGCGUGUGGAAGUGUAUGGAUGUCCAUUUACAUCUUCAUCAUUUAAUUUCGAUGGACAAACAAUUGCGUACUACGAUGCAACAUACAUUCCAUUGCAUAACAAACAAGACGAACUACGUUUACGUUUCAAAACCAAUUAUCCUCAUGGUGUACUUGUAUAUGCUAAAGGAACACAGAAUAACGAUUAUAUCAGUGUCGAACUUCGAAACGGAAGCAUAUUCGUUGGAGUUGAUCUAGGUUCAAUGCCAGGGCGGCCAGGUGCGACGUACAUUCAAAUUGGAAGCGUCUUAGAUGAUUAUCAAUGGCAUGAUUUAGCUGUUACACGUUAUAUGAGAAAUAUUUCAGUCAAACUUGAUCAAGUUGUUGUAGAUGAGCAAUCGCGAAGUGCAUUUAAUGGGUUAGAUCUCGAUGGCAAGCUGUACAUUGGCGGCGCACCUAAUCACAUGGAACGUGGUCUAUCAGUUCGACCGAAUUUCCAAGGAUGUCUAGAAAAUGUCCUCUAUAUCAGUCCAUCGACAAAUGCAAUCUUGGAUGUAUUACAGAACCUACAACGACAAGCUCCAUUCUACGGUUUAGAACAAGGAAUGAUCGGUUCAGGAGCGAUGUGCGAUGAUGAUUCGAUGAAUAUGCAUCCGUAUACAUUCAAAACGGUUGAUUCCUAUCUAGAAAUCUUUCGUAAGCCAGGUGCAACGUCCAUUGAUUUAAGCUUCCAAAUGCGUACAUUUGAACCCAAUGGCAUUUUAUUCUAUACAAAUUUAUCAGACCCAAAACAAUUGAUGAUUGGUAUCAACGAUGUUCCUGACCAAGAUUUUCUUCGACUGUUUCUUGAUGAAGGACAACUGGCAUGUACAGUGCAAUUGGAUGGAAACAAACGUACGGUUCGUCAUCGUCGAAAUAAUUUAAAUGAUGGGCAGUGGCAUGAGAUCAGUCUUCUGUUGACUCAAUUUCGUUUUAACAUUACCGUUGACUAUGAACCGGAAUUUUCGUUCACGCGAAAUAAUCUAUCAACAACUGAUCGAUUUACUUUCAGUUCCAAUGGUGAUCAGAUCAAUCGUGAUACGGCGAUGACCGGUUUUGUUGGUUGUGUAAGGCAAUUAGUGAUGAGUGGAAUCCAAAUAUUACCGAGAGAUCUGACUAGCAACAUAACUCUGACGGAUAGUGACGGUAGUCGACCGAGAACAGGUAUGGUUGUUAAUCAUGAUGUUCUACUGGAUGCUUGCGAAAUGUUCGAUCGAUGCACGCCAAACCCAUGCCGUCAUGGUGGAAUAUGCUCUCAAACAUGGACACGUUUUCGUUGUGAUUGUUCAAAAACUGGCUAUAGUGGUGCUGUAUGUCAUAUUAGUGAUAAUCCAUUAUCGUGUCUUGAUUAUAAACUUAAUCGGAUGAAACCUGAUGAAAUUAUUCCUGAACGUAUGACUACUAUUGACAUUGAUGGUAGCGGUCCACUAGCUCCAUUUUCAAUCUUAUGUCGAUUUGGUGCAAAAUCCGAGAUUCUCAAUGUAACCGAAGUUAGCCAUUAUCACGAACUAGAAAGUUACGUUUCAAGUGGCUAUCAACUACCUGAUUCAUUAUAUUCACAAACGAUAAAUUACCGCAUACCAUUACCUCAAGUGUUUGCUAUAAUCGACCGUUCGUAUGUCUGUAAACAACAUAUUGAGUAUACAUGUUUUAAAUCUCGGCUAUUGAAUUAUCCGAAUCCACCGUUCGGUUGGUGGGUUGGUCGUACAAAUCAAUCCAUGGAUUACUGGGGUGGUAGUGAGGUUGGUACGGGUAAAUGCUCGUGUGGCUUGGAUAUGACGUGUGCAAAUCCGAAUUUGUUUUGUAAUUGUGAUUCGCAAAUGGCCACCGAACUGAAAGACGCGGGCUAUCUAACACGAAAGGAAUUCUUACCAGUCCUUCGUGUCGAGUUCGGUGAUACUGGACCACCUGGUUCAGAUCAAUACGGCCGGUAUCAAGUGGGCCGUCUUCAAUGUGAAGGUGACUUACUCUACGAUAAUACCAUCACCUUUCGUAAAGCGGAUGCAAUCAUAACUGUACCACCCUUUGAAGCUAAAGUGGCUGGUGACAUACGUUUUCAAUUCAAAACCGGCUUUGAUUCAGCAACAUUCGGUUCGGCAAUCAUAGUUCAAAACAUUGGCUACGAAGAUGGCGAUCUCAUUGAAAUUCGUCUUCAAGCACCACGAGAAAUAGCAUUUCGCUACAGCGUUGGUCGUGGUACUAAUAUCAUCACCAUUCGUUCACCAUAUGAUUUCAAUGACAAUGAUUGGCAUACGAUACAAAUCGAAAUCAAUCGACAAGAAGCACGUUUAACAGUCGAUAGUUUGUCAGCUGCCAACCCAGAGGAUCAAACGACAUUCCGACAUAUGCGUUUAACAUCAAAUCUAACUAUUGGCGCAUCGGUGACAAAUCGAAACGGUUUCGUCGGAUGUAUUCGUGCAUUUCAAGUCAAUGGAGAAUUAGUCGAUCUGAAAUACUUCGCAAUGCAAGGCAUGUAUGGCAUAUCACCAGGUUGUGUUGGUAAAUGUGAAAGUAAUCCUUGUUUGAACGGUGGACGAUGUAAUGAACGUUGGUCAUCGUACGAUUGUGAUUGUACGUUUACGCCAUUUCGUGGACCGAUCUGUUCGACUGAAAUUGGUACACGACUCGAAGCAAAUACAAUGAUCAAGUAUAUAUUUCCCACCGAAGGUAUAACAGCGACAGAAGAGGAAACAAUUCGUGUAUUAUUUACUACUUAUAAAAAACAAGGUAUUCUGCUACAAUUAAAAUCAGAUAAGACUGAUGAAAAAGGAAUGGUGGAUUAUUUUACCAUGGAAUUAAACAAUAACGGUGGUGUGCGCAUCAAAUUUAACUAUGGUUUUGAUACAUUUGAAUACAAUGUUCCAUACGAUUUAACCAAUGGACAGGAUCAUGAAAUAAUCGUGACGCGUCGUGAUUUUGGUAAACGUAUCAUGAUCAUAGUCGAUAAUUAUGAACCAUACGAGGAUGAAUUUCCUCAAACUCAACAAAUCGAUAUGCAAUUUGACAGUCCACGUGUAAUGUAUAUCGGACGAAAUGAUACCACACCUCCCGAACAAGGUUUCAGUGGCUGUAUCGCCCGAUUACAAUUCAAUCGUAUAUUUCCGUUGAAAUACGCAUUCUUGGAAGAACGUGAUCCCAACAUAACCUGGACCGGUGGACAUAUUCGGGAAUGGCCAUGUGGUACAGAACCUGUCAAAUAUCUUCCCGAGCCUGUCGAAAUUCCACCCGAUCGUGGCUUCAGCAUUCUUGCUUUACCUCGUCCUGUGUAUGCGCAAAAUAUUUAUGCAAGAAAUGUUGCCAUCAUCAGUGGUUCAAUCGGAAUCUUUGCUAUUUUCGUUCUUCUCCUAAUUGGUUUAUGCUAUCACAAGACUAAACAAAGUGGUCAGUACAAAACUAAAGAAGACGAAGGUGCUGAUCAGGCUAUUGAUGCGGAUACAGCUAUUAUUCGCGGUGAUCCUCGCCAUCCUGAUGUGACCGAAGCGAGGGAAUGGUUUUUCUGA